AUGGGAUCUAUUCCCCGAGAGAUAGGUUUUCUUCAUAGUUUACAGAUACUAGACAUCGGCAACAAUUUUAUCUCAGGAGUCAUUCCGUCCACCAUAUUCAAUAUCUUCUCCUUGCGGGCGAUUUUGCUGAAUAAUAACAGCCUAGAUGGGACCCUACCAAUGGAAAUGUGCAACAAUCGUCUAAAGUUGCAAGUGUUGGAUCUUUCAAGGAAUCAGUUAAGUGGUCAACUGCCAACCAGCUUACACAAAUGUACCCAACUUCAAGCUCUAUGGAUGUCAAUCAAUGAUUUCACAGGAAGCAUGCCUAUGGGGAUCAGCAACUUAACCAAGCUCAAAGAGUUAGCACUCUGCAGAAAUAAGAUGACAGGUAAGAUUCCACCUUCGGUUGUUAAUAUGUCCAACUUAGAGGGCAUCGACAUUGGUGAUAACAAUAUCCACGGCAGUAUUCCUCAGGAAUUAGGACAACUAUUGAAUUUGAUUUUUUUAUCCACGGCAAUUAACAACCUUGGUGGUGCACCACCACACUCAAUUUUCAACAUCUCUACAUUGGAAACCCUUUCCCUCUCUAGGAAUCAUUUUUUUGGGAAUCUUCCGUCAACUAUAGGCCUUUGGCUUCCAAAUCUAAAGUAUUUUUACCUUCCUGAGAACCGAUUCAGUGGACCAAUUCCUUGCCCUAUCUCAAAUGCCUCAAAACUAACUGAUAUCCAUCUAAAUGAAAACUUUUUCAACGGUAGUCUACCCAUGACUCUUGGGAAUUUACAGCACCUUCAGGAUCUCAGGCUUCCAUUUAAUAACUUGACCAAUGAUCAGUCUGUCCCUGAAAUAGAUUUUCUUUCUUCAUUGACCAAUUGCAAGCUUUUGAAGGUUCUAGUCAUAGAAGGUAAUCCCCUGAAUGGCAUUCUUCCAAAGUUCUGGGGAAAUUUGUCUAUUUCACUACAACAAUUUUAUGCAGAUUCUAGUGGCAUCAGAGGCAUGAUUCCUAGUGAAAUUGGUAAUUUGAGCAACUUAGUGUUAUUGGAGUUGGGAGGAGAAAUCCCCACUGGAGGACCUUUUGCCAACUUCACCCCCGAGUCUUUCAGCCAAAAUGAUGCAUUGUGCGGAGCACCUCAAUUCCAUGUCAAAGCAUGUAAAAGUCACAGAAAAUCAGGGAGGAUUCAGAUUGUCCUAAAAUUAAUUGUACCAUCGGUUGUUUCAUUAGUGUUAGUUGGAGUAGCUCUUUUAAUUUGGUGGCUACAAUUCCGAAACAAAAAUAAGCAAAUUCCGAUUCAAGUUGAUCCACCAAUUAGCAUAACACAUAGAAGAAUUUCAUAUCAUGAGAUUCUUUAUGCAACAAACCAUUUUAGUGAAGGCAAUUUGAUUGGGAAGGGAAGCAUUGGCACAGUAUACAAAGGGACAUUCUCUGAUGGGAUGAUAGCUGCUGUAAAGGUCUUUGAUUUGGAGUUGCAAAGAGCAUUCACUAGUUUUGAUGCAGAGUGUGAAGUAAUUCGCAACAUUCGCCACCGAAAUCUUGUCAAGAUAAUUAGCAGUUGCUCGAACCUCGAUUUCAAAGCCUUGGUGCUUGAAUACAUGCCUAAGGGAAACCUUGAGAAUUGGCUUUAUUCUCACAACUACUUCUUGAAUAUUGUUGAAAGAUUAGGCAUUAUGAUAGAUGUGGCAUCUGCCUUGGAGUAUCUGCAUCGUGGUUCUUCAACCUCUGUUGUGCAUUGUGAUCUAAAGCCGAGCAACAUCCUAUUAGAUGAAGACAUGGUCGCGCAUGUAACUGACUUCGGCAUAGCAAAGCUCUUGGUAGAGAACAAGUCAAUAACACACACAAAGACCUUGGGCACCAUUGGGUAUAUGGCACCAGAGUACGGGUCAGCAGGAAUAGUGUCCAUUGUUGGUGAUGUAUAUAGUUAUGGAAUCCUACAAUUAAAAACAUUUACAAGAAAGAAACCGACCGAUGAUCUAUUCGUGGGAGAAGUGAGCUUGAAGAGUUGGGUAUCUGAGUCUUUUCCGAGUGCAGUGAUGGAUGUUGUUGAUGCUAAUUUAGUAAGUGGAGAGGAAGAAAAUUUUACUGCCUUACAAAAAAUUUUGCCAUCUAUCUUCAAAUUGGCUCUAGAAUGCACAUCACAGUUACCUGAGGAGAGGAUUAACAUGGAUGAUGCCCUAGUUAGGCUCAAGAAGUUCAAAACCAUAGUUCUUGAAAAUUUAAUGGGGUCUUGA